AUGUCAUUUUUUAUUUUACUUGCUGCUGUCGUGGCUACAUGGUCUUGUACUAUAUUAUUAAUUGUUAGCACGGCUUAUAAUUGGUGUAAGUGGCAUUUUUGAGCUUUAGAAUAGCAAUGUUAAUAUGUUUUAAAAAGUGUAAGUUGAGUGAAAGAUUUGUAAUGAACUUUGCACUGAAAAUCUUCCACUGAACUUUCAUUUUCAAAAUGUCUUAAAAUGGCUUAAAAACGGGUUUUAGAGACUUUUUAGGAGUGGAAGUUCGGUGGAAGAUUUUCAGUACAAAAUACAUUGCAAACCUUCCACUUCACUUCCACUUCUAAAAACGCCUAUUUUAUAGUCGAAUCGUAACGUUUCUUUUAUGCUUUGUAAUGUACAUAGUGUUACUAUUUCAGUGCCUUAUACAAUUUGGUUUCCGUGGGUGAUGUACGAAGUGGCAUCGAUUUGUAGCAUACAUGUGUUUAGGAAACAACUACAAUAUUGUGAAUCGGGUUAUCUGACGGCUACAAUCGGGAAUAUUAAAGCUAAAUCUCAGGUAAUAAUCGUAACUAGCCAAGCCCUUAGUCUAAGCACCUGGCCUUAACCCUAUUCCUAGUCUUGGUCUCUUAGCUCACAGUUCUAGCCUUAAGGUCACGCCCUUAGUCUUGGCUCAUAGCUUUAGUCCUUAGACCUUAAUUUUAGCCGGUAACCACUAAAAUUAGGCCUUAGUUUUAGCUCUAAUUAAUUUUUUUUACAUUUUUUGCCGUUUCAGAGCAGUUUAAACAUACGAAGUUUGCGAAUUUUCUCAAAAAUCAGCAUUUUUUCAACCUUACGGGUGGCUGUGUCUGCCAUUAUCAUGUAUUUCUGUGUUACUUAUUUCCCAAAUCGGUAAGUAUACUUUUUAAAAAUGACACACUGUACUGCUUUAUCAUUUUUUAAAACCUUUUUAACUUUUUACGUUUUGUCUAUUUAAAAACGGCAUUUUAGCUGUCAAUACGAAACAACACUAAAACUGGCCCAAAUCCAUGAUUUCGUAUUCGAAAUUUUGGAAGCUUUACUGCCAGUUUAUUUGUUUAUGAAAGAAGAUUUUUUGAGAUAUUUACCAUGGUAAGUGCUAUGACGACGAGUGUGAUAUGACUAAUUUAGUUUUUGCAGCAAAAGAAGACAAAGUGUGUUAGUGCCAAUUAACGUGUUGGGUCGUGAGCUGAUAAUGGAUUAUAAAGGCGAGGACUAUUUCAAACAGCUUAAUGAUCAGUGGAAAAUUAAGCACUGA